AUUGACGGUUGACAAGCUAGGGUUUUCUUUCUUACUUGGGCCAUUUUAAGUGGUAGCUCUGCCUCGGUAGCGCCUCUCCCCCAAACAUCUGCCUUCUUUCAACCACUAAGGCAACUCAGUCAACACAUUUAAGGGAAAGAGAAAGUGAAGAAUGGUGGAGAAAACAAAGGGGAGAAAGGAGGAGGUGGUCACUAGAGAAUAUACCAUUAACCUCCACAAGCGUUUACAUGGCUGCACCUUCAAGAAGAAGGCUCCUAAGGCCAUAAAAGAGAUUAGGAAGUUCGCUCUGAAGGCUAUGGGAACCAAGGAUGUGAGAGUGGAUGUGAAGCUGAACAAGCACAUCUGGAGCAGAGGGAUUCGAAGUGUUCCAAGGAGGAUCAGGGUUCGCAUUUCUCGCAGGAGAAAUGAUGAUGAAGAUGCAAAGGAAGAGCUCUACUCCCUUGUAACUGUUGCAGAACUCCCACCAGAAGGAACGAAGGGGCUUGGUACCAAGGUUAUUGAAGAGGAUGAUUGAUUCUUCUACUAGUGUUUUAAGAAACACCAUUUUAGGCUAAAGGUUUAAUGGGAGUCUGGUUGACUGUUGAGUGUUUUCAGACAGAUCAGUUUUAUUCAGAUAACUAGUAUCGUUGUUAUUUACCAUCUGGAUUGCUAAACUUUGUUACUUCUUGUGGUUGUGGUUUUUGAGGUUAAUUGCUAGUGCUCUUUGCCAUGA